AUGCCAUCUAUGUUUCACAUUUUCUCUCUCUCUCUCUCUCUCUCUCUCUCUCUCUCUCUCUCUCUAUCUAUCUAUCUAUCUAUCUAUCUAUCUAUUUAUCUAUCGAUCGAUCUAUAUAUCUAUGUUUAUAUCUUAUGUUCCUAUCUAUCUAUCUAUCUAUCUAUCUAUCUGCUUUUCCUAGUACGUUCAUAUCUAUCUUUCUAUCUCAAUCUUAUGUUCCUAUAUCUCUUUAUCUCCAUCUAUGUAUAUAUCUGCUUUCUUAUUACGUUCAUAUCUAUCUAUCUAUCUAUCUAUCUAUCUAUCUCAAUCUGUAUUUAUAUAUCUGCUUUGCUUAGUACUUUCAUAUCUAUCUAUCUAUCUAUCUAUCUAUCUCAGACUGUAUUUAUAUAUCCGCUUUUCUUAGUACGUUCAUAUCUGCCUGUCCAUCUAUCUAUCUAUCUAUCUAUCUAUCUAUCUAUCUCAGACUGUAUUUAUAUAUCCGCUUUUCUUAGUACGUCUCUAUCUAUCUAUCUAUCAUCUAUCUAUCUAUCUAUCUAUUUAUCUAUCUAUCUAUCUAUCUAUCUCAGACUGUCUAUUUUAUAUCUAUCUCUAUCUCAGACUGUAUUUAUCUUUUUCUUAGUACGUUCAUAUCUGCCUGUCCAUCUAUCUAUCUAUCUAUCUAUCUAUCUAUCUCAGUCUGUUCAUAUCUUUCUAUCAGUCUAUCUGUCUCAGUCUGUUCAUAUCUAUCUAUAUAUCUAUCUAAUUUUCUUUUUCUUUUCUUCAUUCCCAUAUUCUCUCAUAGAACUCUUCUUCUUCCUUCGCAAUGAUAAUAAAAGAAAACGUCACCCUUUUUACGACACUCUCUUCAAUGUCUUUCUUUUUCACUAUUUGUCUGAUCUACUUUAUUUCUUGUUCCCUCUUUCUUUAUUUCUUUCCUUUUUUUUUCUCUUCUCUUCCUUUCUCUCUCCCUCUCUGCUCCUCCUCCCCCUCUCUCUCUCACUCUCUUUCUCUGUCGCUGUUUCUUACCCUCUUUUUCAUGGAUUAUUCAUUUUCUUUCCUUCCUUUCUUCGUCUUUCUCUUUACGUAUCGAUCAUUAGAGCCUUAUAUAUCACGUUCUUUUUUAGUGGCCUUUUCAGUCUAUAUUUCUUUCCGUUCUUCUCAAUAUUUCGUUUCGUUGCUUCUUAUUCCCAUUUUUUCUUUUCCCCUUAUUUAAACUUAGCUUCUUCCCUAUUUCCCUCUCCUACAAUCUCUUCUUUCUAUAUCUCUUUACUCCGAGCUUCUUUCCUAUCUACCAUUACUUCCACCUCUUUUUCUUUCUCUCUCUCUCUUUCUUUCUUUCUUUCUUUCUUUUCUUUCUUUCUUUACUCUCAUAUUGCUUUCUCCACCUCUGUUCUUCUUUCUUUCUGUCUUUCUUUUUUUCUUUCUUUCUUUCUUUCUUUCUUUCUUUCUUUCUUUCUUUCUUUCUUUCUUUUUUAUCUUUCUUUCUUUACUCUCAUAUUGCUUUCUCCACCUCUGUUCUUCUUUCUUUCUUUCUUUCUUUCUUUCUUUCUUUCUUUCUUUCUUUCUUUCUUUCUACGUAUUUACUCCCAACUUCUCUCCUAUCUUCCUCUCUUUCACCCUCCCUUCUCAUAUAAAACCAGAUACUUUCCUAUCUUUCUCUCCUCCCAUCUUCUCUUUCAUUAUUUCUAA